GUGCUUUUGCCUCCUCCCUCUUCGCAGCAGGCGCCAUCCGUAAAGAUCGCCUUUUCACGAGAGCGGUGGCGUGGUCACACACGUGCGCCGCCACUGCCUCUGAUGCCAUUGCGGAAGAGUGGACGCUUUCAUGAAUCAUAAUUGAGGACUCUGACUGCUUUUCUUCACGAAGCACUUCUCAUUUGUUUCCUUCUUUUCAAUGUGCCUGGUCGGUGCCGGAUAACAAGCAAGGCGCAUUUUCCAGCGUAUUUUCAUCGUACGUUAAAGCACGGACGCUGGCGGAGGAGGAGCUGCCAGCCACCCGCGCAUCCCGCCACGCUUCUUCUGCUGUCGUCACCUGGGUUCUUACAGACCGUCUUCAGCGUUGUAGAGGCUGUGGAGUGGUUGCUGUGUACGGUUUUCCUUAUUCGUGCGCAUGACGAUCCGUGAUCGAUCGGCGGGGCACCGAGAAGGCCGGCGCGGCUGCCGGCUCAUUGGACUGGUUGGGUGCAUCCUGCUUCUCCUUCAUGGUGUGCAGGCGCAUCCCGGUAAGCUGGAGACGGUGAGUCCUCACCAACUCGCACUCUCGCUGGCACGCGAGGUGUCUAUCUCUGGUGAGGUACCGCCAUCAUCUUGGAGCCCCUCUCCGCGAGUUGUGUGGGUCGCCGGUGCGCAGCCGGCAGACCAGAGCACUUCUUCCUCUUCUUCCUCCUCCCUGCAGUCGACACCUGGCAGCAACGAGACAACCCCGACACCUUUGCCAACGACGUCCUCUUCGUCGACCACCACCAAUACCACGACUACCACCACGAGUGCUGCGCCGAACCCACCGUCAUCCUCGUCGGCCUCCUCCGACUCCGCCCCGUCCUCCACGACACCCACCGAAGCACCCAUCACAUCGACUUCACUUCCGGCAACGACGACGACGACGACGACAUCCGCACCUCCUUCGCCUUCGCCCACUUCCUCGUCGUCGUCCGCCUCCUCCACACGACCCCCCGGUGCGAUCAUUGGGGCUGUGGUGGGGUCCGUGGUGGGAGCCGUUUUGAUCGGAGUUGGCCUCGGCCUUAUCUGCACGUACUGCGCCUGCUGCCGCCGCUGCGGUGGGGGCUGCCGGGCACCGUACCGCGGCGACGACGACGAGAGCGGCAGCGGCAGCUCCAUCCCGGACGACGCGUGGCGGGCGGAGGCGUCGCCGGAGGCGUCGCUGCGCAGCUUCGGUGGCGGCAGUAAGCGCAGCAACCCCCACCGCCGUGCCACCCUGUCCACGGCCACAUCGCCUGAGACGCCGUCGCCGUCGGAGACAGACAGCGACGAGGCCGGUUCGGAGGGCUCCUUUGAGAUGUGCAGCAUGGAUAUCGACACGGAGGGAGGCGGCGGCGACGGCGACGGUGCGAAGGCGCGUGCCUGCCAACACAGGCAAAGAGACGAGGUGGUGCCGAAUGACGCCGUUGCGUUUCCCAUGACGGACGUGGGACUCGCCGUGGCGGAAGCGGGAGAGGCCUGUUGGGCGAAUAGAAGCGGCGGCCGUCACGACGACACCAACCGGGCGGCGUCGUGGCCCGCUCCACGAGCCGGUGCGUGGGCAGAGGAGCGGGGUGUCUCUCUGUACGAGUCGACCGCCUCCGCCCUCCUGGAUGGCGCGGGGGGACCGUCAGAGGGCUUUGUGGGACACCACCCCGACGACGGCGAGAACUUCUCCGAAGGUGCCUACAUCUCGUACACGGAUCGCAGCACGCUGCGGGAGGCAACUGUGGAGCAGCUCUACGGCGACGACGAAGAGGCGCGGCUGCGUGCGGUGAACAGCAUCCGCUACCACCAGAGCCAGGGCAUGUCCGAAGACGAGAGCGUGCUGCUGCAUUUGUAUCGCUCCAGCGCCACCAGCGAUCCCGCAUUUGGCGUAUUCAUCGAGGGCAAGGACGACGUGGAUUCGAACUGA